GAGCUCAUGAGCCGGCCCCCGAGGAUCCACACCGACUACCUCACACCCACCAACGCCAACCUGCUCUCCGUCGCCCUCCUUGGAGGCUCCACCGACCACUACCUAGAUCCUCACCCGUUCUCGUCUCUGCUGCCCCAGGGCUACCAUCUCGUCUACUUCCCGCCUGCACACCCCACCGCCUCCCUCCUGCCCGACGGGACAGACACAGACCACUCUCCAGGCUCGCCCUUCACCCGCCGCGUCUGGGCCGGUGGUAGUGUGACUUUCCACAGGGGAUGGGAGGAGGAGGUCGUCCUCGACGGCGCUGUAGCCGGGUGUCUCGAGACCAUCAAGGAUGUCAGGAUCAAGGGCACGCCGGGCGCAGGCGAGAAGAUCCUCGUGGACAUCGUGAGGCAGUACGGAUGGAGGCAGAUUGCGCACGAGAUGAGGCAGCAGCGGCUUGACGGGGCUUCGGGCGCCGAGUGUGUGAUGGCCGAACCGGCGAUCGAGGAGACGAGGACGCUGUGCUUCAUGACGCCCAAAACAGCAGACGAGGCCAGAAGAGAUGUUGAGGAGCCCCAUAGAAGGGUGAUAAAAGCACCCGCCUAUGAGCCGACAUAUACCCUCACGCUUACUCCUACACCCUCGCUGCUCUUCCGCUUCAGCGCGCUCACCUUCAAUGCCCACGCCAUCCACCUCGACCGCCAGCACUGCCGCGAGGUCGAAGGCUACCGAGACCUGCUCGUCCACGGGCCGCUCCUCCUGACCCUCAUGUUUUGUGCCCUACGUGAGGCAAUCAAAUGUCACGCCAAGGAAACACUUCGCAUCAAGACCCUUGACUACCGGAACCUGGCGCCUGUAUACGUCAACGAAGAGAUAAAGGUGUGUGUGAGGGAGGGCAAGGGCCAAAACUGGGAUGUCUGGAUUGUUGGGCCUACAGGUGGGUUGUGUGUGAAGGGCACAGCGAUC